CCUCACCGCUCCUAGCACCACAUAAUUCCUUCAAGAACAGCCAAAACCUUCUUGAAAUCCCUCUUUUUCCUUCUAGUUCAUUUCCAAGAAACAAAUGGCCCCUGUCACUUCCAGUUAUGAGGUCACCUCCUCAAUCCCUCCUGCAAGGUUGUUCAAGGCCACCAUCCUCGAAGAGAAGCAUCUUCACAAGAUCUUGCCACAGGGCGUUAAGAGUGUCGAAAUCCUUGAAGGAGAUGGUGGAGUUGGCACAAUUAAGUUGACCACAUUUGUUGACGGUGGCGAGCAUAAGACUGCCAAACAGAGAGUUGAUGGAAUUGACAAAGAAAAAUUUACAUACAGCUAUACUGUACUUGAAGCUGAUGGAUUUAACGAUGUAAUCGAGAAAAUCUGUUGUGUCAUCAAAUUUGAACCCUCUGCUGAUGGAGGUUCAAUCUGCAAAACCACUAACACAUACUACCCCAAAGGUGGUGCUCAGAUCAGUGAGGAACACCUCAAGGGAGGAAAAGAGAUGGGUUUGGGAAUGGUUAAGGCUGUUGAGGCAUACCUCCAUGCAAAUCCUACUGCCUACAACUAAUUAUAAUGAAUGCUACUGCAAGGACUCUUCGACAUAUUUUCUUCAAGAUUGAAGUAUAAACUGAGGGUGUCUGUUUCCUUUUUUGCUUGGUUUGCUUAAGCUGUUUGGUUAAGUUAUUCGCAGCAAGAGAAUAAAAUAAUUCAUUUGCUGUUUUUAGAUAUGAAUUCAUGACUGUCAGUAGUCUAUAAAUACACUUAUUGCUCA